AGCUUACUCGCGUUUGCUUUGUUCAAAUUGUGCUUUCUCGAAUCGGCAGCAGAUUGAACUUCCCGCCGCACGGAAAAAUGGCGGCCACUUCCACUCCAACACUCCCCAGCUUCCUCGGCAUCGGAUCGAUCCUGUCGCAGUCACCAAUCUCUCGCCGCCGGGGAAGCCUGAAUUUCCGCAGAAUCGGAAGAGUUUCAAGCAGUGUCUCCUGCGACUACUCUUGCUUCGAAGUUAGAAAUGUUAGGUAUAGACCUCCCGGAACGGAGGUCGACCUUCUGAACGAUGUCAGUUUUUCUCUCCCAGAAAAGAGCUUUGGCUUGAUUUUUGGGCAGAGCGGUAGCGGGAAAACUACUCUUCUGCAGCUUCUUGCUGGAUUGAACAAGUCUACUUCUGGUACCAUUGACAUCCAAAGGUACAAGGGUGAUGGCAGCCGAAGUAGUGACUAUCCCAAGCCUCUUCCUCCAGAAAGAGUCGGGAUAGUCUUCCAGUUUCCUGAGAGGUAUUUCGUGGCUGAUACAAUCCUAGAGGAAGUUACGUUUGGAUGGCCGAGGCAAAAAAGCAGUCUUCAAGUGAGGGAGCAGCUUGUUUCACAACUUCAAACGGCUAUUAAUUGGGUUGGUCUGAAUGGAAUUUCUUUAGAUAAAGAUCCUCAUUCGCUGAGUGGUGGAUACAAGCGCAGGCUUGCCCUAGCUAUUCAAUUAGUGCAAGUACCAGAUCUAUUGAUACUGGAUGAGCCUCUUGCUGGUCUUGAUUGGAAGGCACGGGCAGAUGUUGUAAAGCUGUUGAAACAUCUGAAGAAAGAGUUAACUGUAUUGGUAGUCAGUCAUGACCUUAAAGAGUUCACCUCGCUUGUUGAUCAUUCUUGGAGGAUGCAGAUGGGAGGGUUUCUCCAAAAGGAGCUUCUUCCAUUAUAAGCUAGGAAGCCUCCCGUUCUUCACUAAGUACCAAGCUGACAUACUUCAAGAGUACAUUUUGCUUAUGAACACGAUAUGCGAACAAGGUAAACUAAUUUUCAGGAAGGUCCAGUACUCCAAAGGAUGGGCCUAAUUAGUGAGUUUUCUUUCUUUCCUUUGUCGGAUGUCUUGUACAAUUCUUCCAUGUUCCUUGCCCUUUUGGCAACUAUAAAGUGCCUUUCCCCAUUGUUUCCAUUUCCUUAGAAAUGUAGCUGGUGCUUGUCAUGGAAUCACUAGGUUGAUUACUCGUACGUCUGUCUUGUAGUGUCAUAGCUAAAAUCUUGAAUUAUCAGAGUGGCAGAAACUGUCUACCCUAAGCUUGCUGGGAAACACCAUGUCCCAUUUGAACAAUGGAGAGCAUUAACUAGCAUGAAAAAUGUUAAGCUUAGUUUGCUAUUUAGUUUUUUUUUCCCCGCAUUAGAAUCUAUACUCGUCAUGAUUAUCAACUUUGCUUCAUGAUUGCAAUGACCUACGGAUGUUUGUCUGCUACUUUCUUUCAGGAACUGUAACCUUUUCUGCCGAGAGAUAGUCCAAGGUGCAGGAGACAUAACUAGAAGUGGGGUGGCAAAUAGCUAAGGGCCUUGAAUAACCUUCUGGUAUAUUUUGAGAAUGCAUGCAUUUCGGUUUCCAGGAUAUAUAUUACUGAAAGUGUACGUCCUGCAUUGUGCGUUUGAAGAUGUAAGCUGCCAACCAUGAAAUCAAUGUAUAACCCCACCGUCAAGAGACAAAGACUACCUACUGCUUCCUCUCUCUCAAUUGACGUCUCUCAAUUGACGGCUCGGCUCUCAGUCUCUCACCACGAGUCGGAUGCUCAGUUGCGGGAUAUUGCUCAACACCUAAUCCAAACCCAAUGGAAUCCCUUUUCUUCCUCCUCCUUUGCAGAUCUCUCGCUUUUUCUCUAAAUCUGAAUCUUCCCGAAGAAAAAAAGGAACCACCUCCGCCGCCAUUUUGGCAAUGGGGACCGAGAUAUCCGAAUCCCUGCUCCUGGACUCCGCCGGCACCGUCCCGGUCGAGCGGGUGCCGGAGUGGAAGGAGCAGAUCACGGUUCGGGCCCUUGUCGUGAGCGCGUUGAUGGGCGGACUGUUCUGCGUCAUCACGCACAAGCUCAACCUCACGGUCGGAAUCAUCCCCUCGCUGAACGUCGCCGCCGGGCUACUCGGCUUCUUCUUUGUCAAGUCCUGGACUGGAGUGAUGUCCAAAUUAGGGUUCAGCGUUGUUCCUUUCACCAAGCAGGAGAACACGGUGAUCCAGACUUGCGUUGUCGCAAUCUACGGCCUCGCCGUCAGCGGUGGAUUUGGUUCCUACUUGAUUGCUCUGGACGAGAAGACUUAUGAAUUGAUUGGGAAGGAUUAUCCUGGGAAUCGGCCGCAAGAUGUAAUGAACCCUGGACUAGGAUGGAUGAUUGGGUUUAUGUUCGUGGUCAGCUUUCUCGGGCUCUUUAGCCUGGUUCCACUCCGCAAGGUUAUGGUAAUGGAUUACAAGCUUACUUAUCCAAGUGGGACUGCUACGGCAAUGUUGAUCAAUAGUUUCCAUACAGACAAUGGAGCUGAGCUGGCUGGUGGGACUGCUACGGCGAUGUUGAUCAAUAGUUUCCAUACAGAUACUGGAGCAGAGCUAGCUGGUAAGCAAGUCAAGUGUCUUGGGAAGUACCUGAGCAUGAGUUUUGUCUGGAGCUGCUUCAAAUGGUUCUUCAGUGGUGUUGGAGACUCAUGUGGAUUUGACAACUUCCCUAGUCUUGGUCUGACACUUUUCAAGAACUCGUUUUACUUCGACUUUAGUCCUACUUAUGUUGGAUGCGGUCUUAUUUGUCCACACAUAGUUAACGUCUCCUGUCUUUUGGGAGCUAUCAUCUCUUGGGGCUUCCUGUGGCCCUUCAUCUCUGAGAAAGCUGGUGACUGGUAUCCAGCUGACCUCGGUAGCAAUGAUUUUAAGGGCCUUUAUGGAUAUAAGGUCUUCAUAUCUAUUGCUAUUAUUCUCGGGGAUGGACUCUAUAAUCUAGUUAAAAUUAUUUAUGUUAGUACCAAGGAAUUGCUGAACAAAAGCACCAAAGAGCACAAGCUUCCUGUCAUCACCGAGAUUCAAGAUGACGAGACUUCAAAAGUGCUACUAGAGCAAAAACAGCGAGACACUGUAUUUCUAAAAGACAGAAUCCCAUCCUGGUUCGCUGCAUCAGGGUAUGUCUGCUUGGCAGCAAUCUCAAUCGCAACAAUGCCGCUCAUAUUCCCACCUCUCAAAUGGUACCUCGUCCUUGCAUGCUACAUACUCGCACCAGCUCUCGCCUUCUGCAACUCGUACGGCACAGGCCUAACCGACUGGAGUCUGACCUCCACCUAUGGCAAGAUCGGCCUCUUUGUUGUCGCCUCGAUUAUUGGCCCUAACGGUGGAGUUGUUGGCGGACUAGCUGCCUGUGGUGUCAUGAUGUCGAUUGUCUCGACUGCUGCUGACCUAAUGCAGGACUUCAAAACGGGCUACCUCACUUUAUCCUCCGCCAAAUCCAUGUUCGUCAGCCAGCUGAUCGGAACAGCCAUGGGAUGCGUCAUUGCUCCAUUGACCUUCUUUAUGUUUUGGUCGGCUUUCGAUGUAGGUUCUCCGGACGGACCCUACAAGGCGCCCUACGCAGUCAUAUUCAGAGAAAUGGCGAUACUGGGUGUGGAAGGGCUGUCGGAGCUCCCCAGGAACUGUCUAGCCAUAUGCUAUUUCUCCUUCGCAGCUGCAUUGGUUAUAAACCUUCUCAAAGACAUCACUCCUAAGAAGAUCUCCCAGUUCAUUCCCAUUCCUAUGGCCAUGGCGAUCCCAUUCUACAUCGGAGCUUACUUCGCAGUGGACAUGUUUGUGGGAACGGUGAUACUGUUCGUGUGGGAGCGAGUGAACCGGAAGGAUUCGGAGGACUAUGCAGGGGCUGUUGCCUCCGGGUUGAUAUGUGGCGACGGGAUAUGGACUAUACCAUCGGCUGUUCUUUCGCUGUUGAGGGUUAACCCGCCGAUUUGUAUGUCUUUCGGCCCUGCUUUGAGUCGCUGAGAUUUGACAAAGAUGAAGGGUUAUCAAACUGCUCUCUGGAAUUUACAGUCCAUCAUGUGUUGUAAGCUCAUUUGGUAGGGAAGAAGCAGUCUCUGGUCUCUUUGAGAGCCUGUACAUGUGUAGAAGUGACUGUAAAUAUCAUGCAAAGCCUAGGAAAACAACAGAUCCUUUGUUGUAUCGUAUUUUUUUCACUUUUCAGUACAUGUCUCUGGUUUAUCUCAUUAUGUUGAAUCGUUGUUAGGGCCACGAUGCUUCGAUUGAUUUGAUCUUAGGUUUUGAUUUGGGUUUUU